AUGCCUAACAACAUUAGAAGAGGAGAAGUUGAACUUGACGAUCAAGAAACCGGCUCUAGAAUGGGAUUAUUGAUUCGUGAAGCUCUCGCUAGCUCACAAAAUGUUCAAAAGGUUUCAGGCAGACCACCAAGAAACUUGAGGUCAGAAGAACCUGUUUUGGUCAAACAAACAAGCCCAAGUCCCAAAACGCUGCGUAAAACUGUAAGUAGCAUAGAAACAAUCAAAGAGAUUCAAGGUUAUGAUGACCAACUGGUCGAGCCACGUGUUGUGAACGGGUUGGCUACACCACCUAGGGUUCCGAAGGAUUCAAGGAAAGAGAUGAAGGAUCAGAUCAAGUUUUGGGCUCGAGCUGUAGCUAGUAAUGUCAGACAAGAGUGCUGA